GUUCGACAGGCAGUUGCAGGGCUUUUCCCUCCGUAACUCUUUGAAUGUGCCUUCAGGGAUUACUAGUAUAGUACCCUCUUCCUCUCUGUUUCCAGUGACAGUUGACACUGUCAAGAGUAGAAUGGCCAGAUCCCCUGCGAAGUGUCAGUCUCCACAUCCGCAGCUGCCAAAUGUCCUUAUCUUGGUUUAUUUAUUGAGUUGCUUUUUCGCUGAUUUAUGCUGCAUUCGUCUGUUGCGGAAUGCAAGUGCAGGUCUCUCUUCCUACCGUACAGUCACGACAAGUCCUCGGUAACUGACGACGGAUACCCUAGCCUAGAAAGUUGUUGGGACGAAUCGGAACGAUAUCAUCUUGCAUGAAUGGCGGGAGGAGAAGGACGGAAGAGAAAAAAGAAAAUGAGAAGAAAAAGUGAGGGAGAAAAAGAAAGCAAGAGAAUGAAACAAAGAAAGGUGAGAUUCAGGUACUCUGUGCUCCGUGAUGUGUCAAGUGCCGUGACAAAGUACGUACAGCGGACGAGGCAACCAGGCUUUGCGGACCUGGUGGGCUACAAGGGCCCCCUUCCAUACUUACUUACUGUAGUGACCCUAACUAUCGGCAGUGAGGCACCUGACAAAGCACCACCCACCACCCCAUAGCUAGUAGCAUAUGUACCAUGUACCAUGUAUCCCCGGCCAGGGAACGGCCAGGGAGCGCGCACAGAGACCGACCUUUGUUAGAGGGAGGGGGAAGGAAGGCGGAAUAAG